UGAAACUGUGUGCUCUUGGAUUAUGGCAGGAAAAUCCCCCCAUACAUUUGUUUCGGAAGAGCCCACAGAACCAGAAGGACUAGUACCGGCUUUGUUCUGGACUCGGACCUGCAGUUUUACUCUGAAAGCCUCAGACCGGAAGCAGAUCUCUGCGGUUCUGUUAAGUGGACGCGCUUCCAGCUGUUCCCUGAGCUUGGACUUUGCUGCCGGACGUGUCGGACCGAACCAUGGACCCGCUCUGCGCUCGGCUCUGACCUCCAGCCGGCAGCCGGAGCUCCAGCAUGGUGCCGCCGGGAAACGAGUCGUACAGCUGGGCUGAGACUAACCGCACAGCGGGGGAGCCCGGGCCGGAGGUGGUGAUCGUGCCGCUGGUGUUCGGACUAAUCUUCGUGGUGGGGCUUCUCGGGAACUCCCUGGUGAUGCUGGUGAUCGGCAGGGUGAAACCCAGCGGAGGCGCGCGCCCGCUCAGCCCCACCAACAUCUUCAUCGUGAACCUGAGCGUGGCGGACCUCCUCUUCCUCCUCUUCUGCGUCCCGCUCCACGCCACCAUCUACUCCCUGCCAGAGUGGGUGUUCGGAGCCUUCCUCUGCAAGUUCGGACACUUCUUCACCACGGCCAGCAUGCUGGUCAGCAUCCUCACGCUGGUUGCCAUGUCCGUGGACCGCUACAUCGCCGUGGUGCGCUCCAAGAGCUCUGCGUGCGUCCGCAGCCGCAGGAACGCGCUGGCCGGGCUGUGCGUCAUUUGGACCCUGUCCCUGCUGUGUUCGGUGCCGGUGGCGCAGAACUACGUGCUCACCAGCCACUCCAGCGCCCCGAACAAGACCUUCUGCUGGGAGGCCGGGCUGGGGGCGCCGCGGCGCGCCUACAAGGUGUCCAUCCUGCUGCUGGGCUUCAUCCUGCCGCUGCUGCUCAUCUGCUGCUGCUACAUCAGGGUUUUGUGCCACCUGCAUAAAAAGAUGAAGAACAUGUCCAAGAGGUCCAAGCUGUCCAAACGAAAGACGGUCCAGACCAUCCUCCUGGUCGUCACGGGCUUCACCAUCUGCUGGAUGCCGCACCACAUCAUCGUCAUGUGGGUGGAGUUCGGCACCUACCCGCUGAACGACGCCACCUUUGCGCUCCGCAUCGUGUCCCACUGCCUGUCCUACGGGAACUCCUGCAUCAACCCCAUCCUCUACGCCUUCCUGUCCGAGAACUUCCGCAAAGCCUGCCGCCAGGUGUUCUCCCGCCACCUGCUCUAUGCGCCGCCGGCCAACGGGAGAGUGGUUCGAUUCCGCAUGGACAACUUUUCCACCACACACUCCAGCACCAACAUCUGAAGGAGAAACUGGAGGUCCUGCCGGUCACAUGACCAGGGAGGCUGCAGGUGAUUGGCUGCUUUGGUCGAGAACCGGACUCAGCAGGAUCCCAGCGUUCAGGAGCCAUGAGCAGAAAGAACUGAUUGAUUUUGUGCUUUCAUUAUCUUGGAGAGAAUUUUCACAAACUGAACAAUUAUUUUAUUUGAAUGUGUAAAGUUUCUCAGCUUCCUCCUGGACUCCAACUGAGCCAAGCCAAGUCAGCGGUUUUGGUUCUAAUUAUUAGCACAUUAAAAUAAAUACAUCACAUGAAUGCUGCCAUGUUAGCACAGAGACUUAAAUAAAGUUUCUGAAGAAGAAUGGAUUUUCAGUCUGUCUGCAAGAUAUUUGAUGGUUCAGAUCCAAAUCUCAAACCCAGACCGUGAGGCCAGAAACAUCUGGAUCCUGAUGCAGAUGUUUUGUGGAGACCUGGUGGCUCCAGGUUUCUAUCCCAUAAUGUUCCACUUUCUGUCUCUUGUCAUUCUACCAGUUCAGGGAAGCCGAUUCCAGAGUUCAGAGUUCAUCCAGCGGUUUCUGCCUUCAGGCCUCUGGGGUGGAUCCAGAUGUUUCACAGCUACAGAAGUUUUUCUCUCUGGUCCUGACAGGUAAAACGUACCUGCAGGCUCUGCUGGUUGGUUCCAGACCCCGGAGUCUGCUCGGCUCGCUGCAGGUCCCAAACCAUCGAAACUGCUGGGAAAUCUGGUCCAAGCCACGCUGGUCUCAUCACAGGACAUCGGUCCAAUGCCCCUUUUCCACCAGUCCAGCUUGGUUCGACUCGGCCCGGCUCGGCUCGCUUCCAGAGCUUUUCCACCGGCUUUUUAGACCCCUACUGGUUUGGUGGGUGACGCAAGCUUCACUCCAGUUCACUGAUUGGCUGAGGGCGUGGUCAGAUGGUCAGACAGAGCAGCAAAGAGAAGAAAAAUGAAGACGCAACGUUUCAACUCGCUGCAACACGGAAGUGAUGAAGAUACAAACACCGACCCAGAUGCAGCUAACGCCGCCACCGCUGCUCUCCAGCCAGAGAACAGAAGAGGAGGAACAUGGCUGACAUGAUGGAGAACGAUGAGGAGAACCGUCAGAACAACAACUGGAUCUCCUUCAGGAGGAAGCAGCUACCAGCUGAUGGCAGAGCUCCAUGAAGAGCCGAGGCAAAUAAAAGAAGAAAAUAAAUGCUGUUUUCUCUCA